AUGAUGGCAGGCCUUCAGGAAGUCGCUAUUGUCAAGGGGUCACUUGUGCUCGUCACCGGCGUGAGUGGCUUCAUCGGGUCCAAUGUGGCGGAUCAGUUCCUCCACUAUGGUUACAAAGUUCGAGGAACUGUGCGUGAUACCGAGAAGGGAUUAUGGCUGAAGACGCUUUUCGAUGCAAAAUACGGCGAAGGCAACUUUGAACUUGUCCCCGUGACGGAUAUGGCAGCAGAUGGGGCGUUUCGUGACGUGAUAAAAGGAGUGUGCGCAGUUGCCCACGUCGCGUCCAACAUGUCAUUUGACCCCAAUCCAUAUAAUGUCAUACCGUCUGUGGUGGCGGGCGCAGUCAACGUCUUGAAUGCGGCGUUAGCUGAACCUAGUGUGAAGCGAUUUAUCUACACGUCCUCAUCUACGGCAGCUGUGCUUUCGAGUCAGAGCAGCCCUGGGGUAGUUGUUACGCAAGACACGUGGAAUGAAGCUUCCGUUCAAGAAGCGUGGGCCGAACCUCCCUACGGACCACAGCGUUCAUCCGCCGUUUAUGCGGCCAGCAAGACAGCGGCGGAAAAAGAAAUCUGGAGGUGUUACAGGGAGUUUCCUUUUCGACGACGGGACUUUGUUCUUAACACCGUAUUACCCAAUGUCAAUUUUGGCCCAAGUCUCAACACAGAAGUGCAGGGGCAUCCUAGCAGCUCAAUAUUUCCCGUUCUGCUUUGGAAUGGUGAGGUUUCGUCGUUGAAAUCAAUCGUGCCCCAGUACUUUAUCGACGUCCAGGAUACUGCAAGGCUCCAUGUAGCGGCCACCGUUCUCCCAGAUGUUAAUGAGGAGAGAAUUUUCGGCUUCGCGGGGAGGUUUAAUUGGGAUGCCAUCCUGGACAUCCUGCGCAAGCAGAACCCAGGACGCCGCUUCAUUCCGAACUUUUCUGAUGGACAAGACCUAAACGAGAUCAGGCCGAUGGUUCGGGCGGAGGAAAUCCUGCGUAAACUUGGUAGACCUGGCUGGACUUCGCUGAAGGAUUCCAUCAUGGCAAAUACGGCGGACCUACGCGGACUAGAUUAAGGAGAGAGGUUCUGGUGGUUUGCCCAAGUCGGCAGCAGACAGUGAAAU